UUACUAGACUGAUGCAAAAGUUAAAAGACUGCGAGCAGAGAGAGAGAGAGAGAGAGAGAUGGCGAUGUCUUCUUCUACUGCAUCUGUAAUGUCGGCCUCCCUUCCAACGAAGCCCUCCUCCUGUCCCCGCGCCUCCCUUUCUUCCUCCAACUCCGUCUUCUUCAGCAACGUUGGGAGAGUCCGCUUGGCCGCGAGGAGUAGCAGGCGGAGGGACCUCAGAUGCCGCUGCCUCUUUGGCCUCGGGGUGCCGGAAGUCGCCGUCAUAGCUGGUGUCGCCGCCCUCGUCUUUGGCCCCUCUCAGAUCCCGGUGGUCGGCCAGAGCUUCGGAAAGACCAUCAAGAGCUUCCAACAGGCAGCUAAAGAGUUUGAGGCAGAACUGAAAAAGGAAACCGAAGAUGUUAGGGAAUCCCCUGCAAUUGAGGCACAAAAGGUUAUUAACAGCAAUGAUGACAAGAUGGAACUGAAACCAUCUGCUACAAAAGAGAGCGCAUGAAAACGUUGGUUUCUGUCUCAAGGCUGAAAGGGCAAAUAUGUAGUUCUAGUUUUGUACGAUAGGGCAGUCAAACUGUUUGUUUCCAAACCCUGGAGGAUUGCAAGUGCAUGACUGAUGAACUAAACAAGGAUUGUUUCACUCCCUGAAGCCUUUUAUAUCAGUGUAUUGGAGAUCUGAUCUGUGUUUCGUGAUUGCACUAUGAUUUUGUAACAAAAGAUCAAUAUCUACGUAAUUUACGUUUUUAUAGGACUUAAUUUUUCCA